GCGAUUGAUGCUCUAAGGCCACAGCAGCAAGCAAAAGCUAGCGUAGUCAGCCAACACGGCGGAAAGUAGCAUAAAAUCGCAGCUAUUUAGAAACUUCGCUGUUUUGUUUUUUUAUUAAACAAAUUAUACAGAGAAGCGUCUCAAUGCGUUGGGUUAAACGGGGCUAAAGUGACAUCCCGAGGGCCUCGUCGUCGUUUCCCAAGCAGCUUUCGAGCGAACUUGUCUGCUCGGUGCCAAACUUCGGCUCGCGGCGGCUCUCCGCGGGGCUCGGGGCGCGAGGCUCCGGCCCUGUGGAUGAGGGGGUAAAUUCCGCUCCAUCCAGGAGGAAGAAAUCCCUUUGAUGGGAGAAUCCUCUUUCCUGGUCUCUUGGGGUCAAACGUUGCGCCGUUACGAUGGAUGAGCAGGAGGCGCUGCAGUCAAUCAUGCAGGACCUGGCAGAACUUCACCGCUCCAGCCGUCCUGCCGGGUUCUUGUCGGACCUAUGCAAGCCCAAAGCCUCCUCGCCUAAGAAUCUGAACGACGUGAGGGUGAAGUUCGAGUUCAAAGGAGAGAAGAGGAUUUUGCAAUUCUCUCGCCCCGUCAAGUUGGACGACCUGAGGGAAAAAGCCAAGGUGGCUUUCGGCCAGGCCAUGGACCUUCACUACAGCAACAACGAGCUGGUGAUUCCACUCAGCGUUCAGGACGACCUGGACAAGGCGGUGGAGCUGCUUGAUCGAAGCGUUCACAUGAAGAGUCUGAAGAUCCUCUUGGUGGUGCUGAGCUCCUCGCAGAACUCUUCCUGCAACAUGGGCCUUCUGCCUUCCUGCGAGGAGUUGGACAACACAGGAUUCCGAGUCGCAGACAAGAAGAGCAUGCUGGCAUCGUCAGGGUCUCAUUCGACGGACCGCAGCUCUCCUCCACCCGGAUACAUUCCCGACGCACUCCAGCAAGUGGCACGGAACGGCUCCUUCACGAGCAUCAACAGCGAGGGAGAGUUCAUUCCGGAGAGCAUGGACCAGAUGCUGGACCCACUUAGCAUGAGCAGUCCGGAGAACUCUGCGUCUGGAAGUUGUCCUUCUUUGGACAGCCCGUUAGACAGCGAAUACCCAAAGUCCAGGAUGCCCAGAGCACAGAGUUACCCCGACAACCAUCAAGAUUUUCCAGAGUACGACAUCCCCGUCUUUGACAAGUCGGGAAAAGGCGGCACGUACCCGCGGCGAUACGGCGUUCCCUUCGGCCUGCAAGACUACAGCGACGGGAGGAAGACUUUCCCUCGCGCUCGGCGAACUCAGGCGCAAGGUCUGCGCUCGCCGGUCAGCAUCAGUCCCACCGAGCAGUCUCCGAGCACCAGCAGCGGCAGCAGCGUGUUCACCCCCGACCUGGAAGACGGCGCCGGGCCCGCCAGGCGGCCGCGAAGGGGAAGCGACAUCGAGGCCAACCAGUCCGCCGGCACCCCCGGCUUGUCGGUCAUGGACAUCAGUCCGCCUAGCCGCUCUCCGCGUGCGCCCACCAACUGGCGACUGGGGAAGCUCCUCGGCCAGGGCGCCUUCGGACGAGUCUUUCUUUGCUACGACGCCGACACCGGACGGGAACUGGCCGUCAAACAGGUCCAGUUUGAUCCGGAGAGUCCAGAGACCAGCAAGGAGGUGAGCGCGUUGGAGUGCGAAAUCCAGCUGUUGAAAAACCUUUGCCACGAGCGCAUUGUGCAGUACUACGGAUGUCUGCGAGACUCCCUGGAGCGGACGCUCUCCAUCUUCAUGGAGUACAUGCCCGGAGGCUCCAUAAAGGACCAAGUCAAGUCGUACGGCGCACUGACGGAGAACGUGACGCGACGCUACACCAGGCAGAUCCUCGAGGGGGUUUCCUACCUGCACAGCAACAUGAUUGUCCACAGGGAUAUCAAAGGGGCCAACAUCCUCCGAGAUUCGGUCGGAAACGUGAAGCUGGGUGACUUUGGUGCCAGUCGGAGGCUGCAGACCAUUUGCCUAUCAGGAACGGGAAUCAAGUCGGUGACCGGCACGCCGUACUGGAUGAGCCCGGAAGUCAUCAGCGGCGAGGGCUACGGCAGGAAGGCUGACAUCUGGAGUGUCGGCUGCACGGUUGUUGAGAUGUUGACUCAGCGACCCCCCUGGGCGGAGUUUGAGGCCAUGGCGGCCAUCUUUAAGAUUGCCACUCAGCCCACCAAUCCCGUCUUACCCGCCCACGUGUCGGACCACUGCAGAGAAUUCCUCAAACGUAUCUUCGUAGAGACCAAGCAGCGUCCGUGUGCAGAUGAGCUGCUGAGGCACAUCUUCGUACAUUAAGGUCCUGCCCCGCCUGCUUCCUCCCUCGGACCGGGAAGAAGGUCGGGCGCUUUGUAUAAAAUUGCAGAAUCAAAUCAAAUGUAUUUAUAUAGCUCUUAAUGGCAGAGAGGAGUCUUCUGUUUUCGCACCUUAAUUUCUCAAGAGGGGAUGAGUCAAGUCCCUCUCUUGUGACGAUCCAAACUCUUGGGAGACAUCUCCGUUUUUUUUAAUGCUAACGUUGUGCUGCGGGAUGGCGUCUACGUUGCGAACUCGACCCCAGAAUGUAGUCUCCUGCCUUCGAUGACCAGGCCCUGCUGCUGCUAAAACAAAACAAACAAAAAAAAAACAGGCGGACGGACCACAACGUCCAAUCAUCUGCCUUCAUCUCGCCCUCUUUGCUAGUCGCCAUC